GUCGGAGCCGGGGCCGUCGGCUGUGAGUUGCUCAAAAACUUCGCCAUGAUGGGCAUCGGGGCGUCCAGCGGCUCUAUCCGCGUCGCGGACAUGGACGUAGUCGAGAGGUCCAACCUGAACAGGCAAUUCCUUUUUCGGGCCGAGGACGUCGGUCGUAUGAAGUCGACCGCUGCCGCGGAAGCUGUGGCGCGGAUGAAUCCGGAGAUCAACAUCAUUGCUUACGAGGACAGGGUCGGACCAGAGACGCAGAGUGUCUACGACGACAAGUUCUUCGAGAGCCUCAACGGUGUGGCCAGCGCCUUGGACAACGUCGAAGGGCGGCGGUACAUAGACCGGCGGUGCGUGCACUACUGUAAGCCGCUGCUCGAGUCCGGCACCAUGGGCGCCAAGGGCAACGUCCAGGUGAUAAUCCCGUUCAUGACCGAGUCCUACUCGUGCUCCCAGGACCCACCCGAGACGUCUGUGCCCGUCUGCACCAUCACGCACUUUCCCUACAGAAUAGAGCACACUCUCGAGUGGGCCCGUGACGAGUUUGAAGGCCUCUUCAAGAUGAGUGCGGCGAAUGCUGUCAAGUACUUGAAAGACUCCAAUUUUCUGCCCGAGGCGCUGGAGACGCUGCCACUCAACCAAAAGGUAGUCUUGCUGGAAGAACUCAAGAAGAUUCUCGUGGACGAACGGCCGGCUGUCUUCGACGAUUGCGUUGACUUCGCAAGGCACCGCUUUCAAGAGCAGUACAACACCGCCAUCAGACAGCUACUGCGAUCUCAUCCCGAGGAACAGCUCACCGCUACGGGUAUGCCUUUCUGGUCUGGAACGAAGCGCUGCCCCCAUCCGAUCGAGUUCGACCCUAACAACACGCUGCACAUGGACUACAUCGUCGCCGCGGCCAACCUGCGGGCUGCCAUGUUCGGCAUCCCGAAAAACACGGACCGCGAAGCGAUUGCCCGGAUGCUCGAAGACGUCGAGGUUCCAGUCUACGUUCCGCCGACAGACGAUGACGCUGUCGCCAACGAUGACGCCUCCAGGCCGCCUGACGAUGGGUUAUUCACUUAUGCAGACGAGCAGCGCAUGCGCAAGCUACUGGAGGAGCUUCCGGAUCCAAAGGAUCUCGACGGCUUGGCCCUGACGGUGCUCGAGUUCGAGAAGGACGAUGAGUCCAACUUCCACAUGGACUUCAUCGUGGCCGCCUCGAACCUGCGCGCUUCCAACUACGACAUUCAGCCGGCCGAUCGGCUCACGAGCAAACUGGUCGCGGGCAGGAUCAUUCCUGCCAUCGCCACCACCACGUCGCUCGUGGCAGGCCUCGCCUGCCUCGAACUAUACAAGCUAGUUCAAGAUCACGACAGGCUCGAGCUCUACAGGAACAGCUUCGUCAACUUGGCUCUGCCGUUCGUCGGUUUCUCAGAGCCCAUUCCACCUGUUAAGAAGAAGUUCCGCAACCGUGAGUUCACGCUCUGGAACUGUAUCGAAGUCGAGGGGGAGUUGACUCUUGCGGAGCUUCUAGACCAUUUCCGGCUCGAGCACCAAGUCGAAGUCGUCAGCCUGAUGGAAGGACCCCGAACUCUAUACGACGCCGACACGCCCAAUUCGCGCAAUCGCAUGGACCUCGGGUAA